AUACUCUCCUUCAUUCGGAUCGAAAUAUAUCAUAUUAGGAGGAAAUUAUCAUCGAAAAAAACUUUUAGGGUGCAAAAUGAAAAUUUUCUCCUUAAAUUAUUAAACCACAACUUAAGCCACGACCUCUCUCCCCCGCCAAGUCUAUAUACACGGAGAAGAAGCAGGGGAGUGGCAGCCAUGAGAACGGGCGGUUCCAUUCUACGGCACGGCCUCACGGUGGCGGCCGCCGCGGUGGUCGGACAGGCAGUUGCGCUCGCCAGGCGGCGCGGGCACGCCCAGGUGACGCCACUCCACGUCGCCUCCACCAUGCUCACCUCCGGCGGCUCCUUCCGCGUCGCCUGCCUCCUGUCCCACCACUCGCACCCCCUCCGCUGCAACGCCCUCGACCUCUGCCUCAACGUCGCCCUCAACCGCCUCCCCGCCGCCUACUCCUCCCACCACCGCCCCCUCCCCUCCCUCUCCAACUCCCUCGUCGCCGCCUUCAAACGCGCCCAAGCCCACCACCGCCGCGGCGUCGCCACCGACACCUCCUCCUCCUCCUCCUCCUCCACCCCGCCGCCGCCGCCCCUCCUCCCCGUCAAGAUCGAGCUCGACCACCUCGCCGUCUCCAUCCUUGACGACCCCAGCGUCAGCCGCGUCAUGCGCGAGGCCGGCUUCUGCAGCGCCCAGGUCAAGCUCAAUCUCGAGCAAUCGAGCAUCGAAUCCAGACCAAAUCCACCGCCCAAAUCAAACCUCAGCGACGAAAUCAGAGUCAUGGAAGCUCUAACAAGCAAGCAAAGGAAGAACCUUGUCCUAGUCGGAGAGUCCCUCGACGCCAUUGACGCCGUCGCCAGAGCUGUGAUUCACAGAGUACAAGCCACCGGAAACAACGACGUCCCAGAGCCUCUCAAGAACGCUCAGAUCAUCACGCUCCCACCACUCAUCUCCUUCAAGAACACGCCAAGAUCAAAUUUUGAUGAGAAAAUCGCCGAUCUGAGACGCAACAUCUUCAGAGAUUCCACCCACGGAACAAUGCUCGUCCUCUAUCUGGGCGACCUCCAAUCCAUUGCUGAAAACAGAGCCAUUAAUGGAGAUGCAGUGGAGCAACUGAUCAUGGAGAUUAGAAGCUUCAUCUCUAACAGAGUUUGUCUCAUGGCGAUCGCGACAUAUAAAGCUUACAUGAGCUGCAAAGUCGGGUUCCCUUCUCUCGAAGCUCGUCUUCGUCUUCAACCUCUCACCAUUCCUGCCAUCAGUUUCGAACUAAGUCUCAAUUUCAAUUGUGUUUCAGAUUUCAGUUGCGAAGCAGAAGCUCUACCUUCUUCUUCUUGGCACCAACAUUACAGAUUCGGUUCAUCUUCUCCGUGCGAUGAAGAUUCAUUGUCGUCGAUCUCAUCCUUCGAUCAGCUCCCCCUGAGCUUGGGCCUGAACCAACGACAUUGGCAGUUAUCAACCGUUUCAGCCUUCGAUAAGUCAUCGAACCCGAACUCGUGCACCUCAAGCAGCACCAUGGAAGUAGAGUACAUUCCCAAGUUUCAGGAGCUUAAUGCGGAGAAUUUGAAGAUACUUUGUGAUGCGUUGGAGAAGGAUUUCCCGUCGCGACAAGAAACCGUAACGGGGAUAGCUACCGCCGUUCUUCAAAGCAGAUCCGGGAUGAUCAAAAGAAAAUGGAAGUCAUCCACAUGGUUGUUCUUUGAAGGUGAAGAUACUGAAAGUAAAAGAAGAAUAGCUAGAGAACUUGCAAGCCUAGUAUUUGGUUCGCAAAGUAACCUCAUCUCAAUUAGCCUCAACAAAUCUAGACUAUUCGACGUCGGCGAUGAUCAUUAUCCUUGCAAGAAAAGGUCGAGAAUUGAGCCGAGUGAUAGUUGUCUCGAGAGAUUAUUUCAAGCUCUCAACGAAGAUCCCCACCGUGUUAUCUUGAUCGAAGAUAUCAACCAACUAGACCACCAAACCCGAGUUGGUUUCAAGAAUGCAAUGGAGGGAGGGAAAGUGAGGAGCUAUAACGGUGCUGAAGCGAGUCUAAGUGAUGCAAUUAUCAUUCUAACGAACUGUUCUUCGGCUAAACCAAACACUUGGGAGAUCAAUGAGCGCGAGAAGGAAGUAAACAUCCAUCUUUCUUUGGAUUUGAAUCUUUCAACAACUGUGUGGGAUGAUGAUAUGAAAGAUAAUGGUUCAUUCGACGCAGUUGGGCUUCUUGAGUUGGCGGAUGGGAUGUUCAUCUUUGAGUUUCUUCAUCAAGACCCGUAAUGGAUGUGGUAUAGAGGCAAGGAUUUUUUUCUCCCCUUUGUUUUUUUUCCAAGUUUAACUUCUUCAUUGAAUCCUUGGGCGAGAUUUAGUAACUAGAUGUUGGUGCUUGAUGCGAGGAAA